UAAAUAUGUAAGAGUUAACAGUCACUUGGCGAUAGCUUGCGACACGUAGCACAUCUGCUAAAUUUGUAAUUUUUUAUUUAAAAGUUCACUAACAAUCUAUAUUAAAGAUGAAGUUCGCAGUUGUUGCCUUGUGUACACUAUUUGUGGUGUCGGCGCGUGCUCAGAGUCUUGGGGAAAUGGCGAUGAUGUCUGCAUUGUUUGGCGGCCGAGGAUCGAGCUCCACUUCAUCGUCAGCUAACCCUAUGGCAGCACUAGCUAGCUCGUCGUCGUCAACUAACCCACUCGCUGCUUUGAGUAGCGCUUCAGGAGGUGCCGGCAAUCCAUUUGCAGCUCUCACUUCUUCGGGCAGCGCCGGAGCCAAUCCAUUUGCUUCUUUGUUCGGUGGAAGUUCGAGUAGUGGCAUGGGUGGUGGCAUGGGCAGAAUGGCUGGAGGAAUGAUGCUCGGAGGCGCUGAAAUGAGCCAUAUGCUGGACUUUUACUCGUGUGGAGCCAUGCGCCUCCCUAUGCAAUUAUGUUUCAUGAUGAUGCAACAGAACAUGUAAAUACUGAUGCUAAGGGCGGAAGUGACGUAACACCCGGAAGUUUAAUCUCUAAUACUAUCAUUAGAUAGUCAUACGCACUACCGCACAGGUCGACAAAAGGAGAUAACUUUAAUCAUAUAUUUGUCUAAUUUCCUAACUCUGACAAUAAUACUUUUCGAGUGCACUAACGUGAUUUCUAUUUGAGAUUAUAUUUAAUGCGUACUGUGUAUGCACUAGGGGGAUAACAAACAUGUACACAAAUUGAUAAUACUACCUUGUUGUGCAUGAUUUUUUCGUGCAUUUGUUUUCACUGGCAUUCAUAUUAUCUGUUAUUUUACGUCUCUUUGUAGUAUUAUUUAUUUUGUAUUGUUUUGAAUGAAUAUAUUAUUACCUGUUUAUAUAUAUAAAAAAAACUUAUAAAAAAAUGACAUUAAAACGUUCAAAACAUGUAA